AUGCGCGUCGCGACCCCAUUGCGACGCUUCUACCUCACACCAGCAUUUGCCGCUCAGCCAGCUUCAACAUUGUGGGCUUCAGUGCGCGCGAGCUGCUGCCGAUCCUGCCGUAACUCCCCUCCCAUUUUCUCUGCGCGCCUCCUUCAGCUUGUCACGCACACUCGGCUCGUUACAUACAAGCGAAAUCCUGACAACAACAUCUCCAUGUCUUGGAACACUGGCGACGACGCCAUCGGUGGCGGCGAGAAUGCCGUUUCCGAUGGCUGGAACGGUAGUGCUGCUACUAACGGCGCCAUCAACGGCGACGCUUCUUUCGGUGGCGGUGGCGGCGAUGUCUUCGGCUCUACCGGCGACUUCGGUGCUGGCGGUGGCUUCGGUGCUGGCGAUGGCUUCGGUUCUGGAGACGGCUUUGGUGGUGGUGAUGGUGAUGGCGGCGGCGGCGCCUGUCGCAACUGUGGUCAAGAGGGUCAUUUCGCUCGCGAGUGCCCUGAGCCGAAGCAGAUGACGGGCGAGUGUUUCAACUGCGGACAGGUUGGCCAUAAUAAGGCCGACUGUCCCAACCCGAGGGUCGAACGCCCUUUCAGUGGACAGUGCAAGAACUGCCUGAAGGAGGGCCAUAGGAUCUCGGACUGCACUGAACCCCGUGAGAUGGAUCACCUCUUCAAGGGCAUUCCUGACAAGACCGACAACGAAGCCUGGGAAAUGGUGAUGGAGGCGGACAAGGCCAGGGACCUUGAUGACUUCAGGGUUGCUUUGAAGAUUUACUUGAAGGCUCUCAAGACGGGUUCCAUUCCGAUCGACCUGCCUCAGCUCGAAAGGACCCUCCGCGACUACAAAAUGAACGUCUUCCUGAUCGCCCUUGAGAAGGAAAUCUCAGACGUUAUGACCAUUGUCAGCCCCGAAGGCAAGAUUGACUGCAAGUACGUCCUGGGUUACUACUUCUCCGACAAGCCGAGGCGCAAGAAUGCGGUCGAGGGAUGGCCUACUGAUCCCGAGGAUAACCUCAAGCGUCUUGAGGAUGCGGGCUUCGUCGAGGACCGCAGGGUUCCGAAGUGUGCGAACUGUGGUGAACUGGGCCACAUCCGUAAGAAUUGCGAUCAAGAACGCGAGGAGCCUGCCGGUCGCCCGGAGGUCAAGUGCAUGGUCUGCCAGGAGCUCGGCCACCGUGCCCGUGACUGCAAGCAGGAGCGCCCUGACCCAUACGCUUGCCGCAACUGCAAGCAGCACGGCCACACCUCUCGCGACUGCCCGGAGCCUCGCUCUGCGGAGGGUGUCGAGUGCCGCAAGUGCCACGAGAUGGGCCAUUUCUCCAAUGAGUGUCCCAACGCACCCAAGAUGGAAUGCCGCAACUGCGGUGAGGAAGGACACAAGGCUUCUGAGUGCGACAAGCCGCGUGUCAUGAAGUGCCGCAACUGCGGUGAAGAGGGCCACAUGUCUAGGGAGUGUGACAAGCCGCGCGACCCCUCCACUGUCACUUGCCGCAACUGCGACGAGGUGGGUCACUUCUCCAAGGAAUGCCCCAAGCCCAGGGACUGGUCGCGUGUCAAGUGUCCCAUCUGCGAAGAGAUGGGCCACGGCCCCAAGAAGUGCCCCAAGGCCAACGAUACGGGCGGUGGGUUCGGUGGCGGAUCCGGUGGCGGAUUCGGUGGCGGGUUUGACGCUGGCGGUGCUUCUGGCUUCGGUGGAGGCGCUGAGAACGGCGGCGGAUUCGGUAGCGGAUUCGACACUGCCGGAAAUGCCAGUGGAGGCUGGGAAUCUGGCGCUGUCGACAUCACCGGCGGUAGCGGCUGGUAA